AUGUCACUCGCCAAGUUUCUGCAGUGCAGCGAGGCGGAUGCCUGCGAGCGCAUGGGCGUAUCGCUCGAGGAGUUUGCGUCCUUCAAGGCUGCAUGGCAGGAGAACGACUUCCGCGCCUGGAUGGAUCAGCGCAAGGUGGGCAUCGAGCGCUACCGCGGCCUGACUGGCUCGCGGCAGCGCCCCACCGGCGCCAGCACCGCCGCUGCGCAGCGCGAGCAGCAGGUGCGGCAGCAGCGAGAGCGGCGGCAGCAGCUGCAGCAGCGCUGGGAGCAGCAGGUGGCGCAGUCCAGCUCUUCUGUGUGCGAGGAGCAGGAGGAGUAUCUGCGGGAGCAGCAGCUGCUGGAGGAGCAGGCCGACUUCUGUGAGUGGCCACAGGAGGAGGAGCAGGCCGACUUCUGUAAGUGGCCACAGGAGGAGGAGCAGGAUGCGCAUGUUCAGAGGGCAUAA